AGGACAACACAAAGUGAUGCAUUUCAAAUGGCUGCUGUGGCUGAAUUGGUUGAUUAUUUUCAGUGGAGGCAGGUUAUUGUCAUCUUUAUAGAUGAUGAUUAUGGAAGAAAUGGUGUAGCUGCCUUGAGUGAUAAGCUCGCAGAAAAGCGUUCUAAGAUCUCCUACAAAGCUGCAUUGCCAUCGGAGCCUGAUAGGAGUGACAUCUCUGAUUUGCUUGUGAGGGUUGCUCUAAUGGAGUCCCGCAUAAUUGUUCUUCAUGCGAAUCCAGAUUCCGGUCUCAAAGUUUUGAAAGAGGCUCAUUAUCUUGGAAUGACCAUAGCAGGAUAUGCUUGGAUAGCAACAGACUGGCUU